UUUGCACGUUUGGUUUCAACUUCUCAGCUGAUUCUACUUUGAACAGCUGAAUGAAUAACUGUCAAGAGAUGGCGUACUGCACGCAACAAUCUGGAAUAAGUGCACAGGGUUCUGUUUCUGUAAUUCCCAGAACAUCGUCCAAGAAACUGACGCUUCCAGCCAGGCCUCUCAGUCAGCUCAAGGGCAAUACUGAAUGGAAAUAGUGCUGGAAUGGUUUUCUAGUCUUGAUACUGUGACCUUACAGAACAAGGCAUCUAAAAAAGCAAAGAAAAGAGCAGAAUGGACAAACACCAAUGUAUUCUUGAUGUUUGAGCGAGCACAAAUACAAGAGUUCAAAGAGGCCUUCACCAUUAUGGACCAGAACAGAGAUGGAUUCAUCGACGAGAAUGAUCUGAGAGACACGUUUGCAGCAGUGGGUGAGAUGGCUACACAUCCACUGACCCCUGCUGCAGAGCAGCAGCUCUGACCUCUGCUGGACACGCUGAAUGUGAAACAGGAGGCGAUUGAUGAGAUGCUAAAGGCCCCUGGACCCAUUAACUUUACUGUCUUUCUCACCAUGCUUGGGGAGAAGCUCAAAGGCACAGAUCCAGAAGAAACUAUCCUCAGCUGCUUUAAAGUGUUUGACCCUGAAGGGAAAGGAUACCUGGGGAAGAAUCUUGUGACUAACAUGCUGACAACCCAAGCAGACAGAUUCUCUCAAGAAGAGAUGGAACAGAUGUUCACUGCUUUCCCACCAGAUGUGGCUGGUAAUCUUGACUACAAGAACCUGGUCUACAUCAUCACACACGGAGAAGAAAAGGACCAGAAGUAA